UAUUUAUUUAAGCAUAAAAGAUUCGAUGAAUUCUCAAGAGAACCACAGAAUGAUCUUCCCGAUUGUUAAGGACUCAUUGCUUAACAAAACUUUGCCUAAUAACUCUAUUGGCAAAGGACCACAAAGAUUAGCCGAAAGCCUUGAUUGUUGUAAAAUUGUUCGAAAAGGAGAUAUGUAUGAUGCUCUACAGACAUUUGAGAACGACUACCCUUGUAGGUAUGAAGGAAGGAUAUCCUCUGGAACAAAAUCUAAGCUAGCCAUACUGAUUUUUACAGGGACGGAGUUUAAAAUAAUCCCUAUUCGUCGAGCACAAGAAUACGUGAACUUCAAGCCAGUUGUCCAGGUUUCACGAGCUAUUAAGAAGAAACUACUAAAACUAGAGACUCUCACUAAGGAAGAAAAACUUGAGCUAAAAUUCAAGAAUCAACCUAACAAGAACUCCUGAAACAAAGACUCAGAUGAUGAGGAGGAACCUGCUGAGGAAGAGGACCCCAAAGACCUCAAGAUGACGCUUCAAGAAAAGCUUAAAGAGCAGGAACAACAGAGGAUUCAGCAGGAAGAAAUUGAAUACAGACGCCAAAGAUAUGACAAGGCGAGGAAAAGAAUCGAGGAGCAAGACAAUGAGCUAGACAACAACUUCGAUGCCGAACACGACCUCUUCGCAGAUGAUGGCGAAGAUGAUAAGUUAAGACAUGAAAAAUCGGAUAAGGAGAAUGAAUUUGAAGAUGACCUCUCCCCAGCAUUUCAGAAACAACAAGAAUUACCAGUGGAGAGUAAUACGAAUAGAGUAGCUGAAGAAGUCAAAAACAUGGAGGAGAUUAUCCGUAAAGCAGACCAGAUGGAAAGUGACAGUAGUAGCAGUGGCUCUGAUAUUGAAAUGGACGAUGAGAACAACAGAAGCAUUCUUAUAGAAUCUGUUAAGUUAUUUGUUGGUAAGACAAAGUUGCCGGUAAAGCAACCCGCAAAGAAAAAGAGUCAGGCAUCUGAAAAAAAGAGCAAGCCCAGUCCUGUGUACACGGCAGAUGCUGCUUUAGAAGACACAUCGGCCUCUCCAUCCCAGCAAAAAGAAUCCCCCACUUCUCCAGACACCCAAGAGGCCUCUCCCAAGCCCAAUGGCGGCCAUGACCCUUCCUUCGGGGGUUUCGACGGUUACCUAAGUGGGGCUGAGGAGCCAGACACGAGCCACGGCUAAUUUCUGUG